UUGUGGGUGGUUUUGGUGGACCAAGACACCCAUUAUGCUUUCGCGUCACAUAGUUUCCAACAGUGCCCAUAUUAGGCAGCUUCAUCAAAGUUAAUGUGUCCUGAGGUUGGCCCCAAGAAUUUGGGACACAGACACAGUUGGUUUUGUCCUGCUCGUUCUGAACUGACAUGCAGCCAGGUGCGCUAUGGUGACAAGAAGACUCACCAAAAUUUAGGGUCCGUUCGUAAAAAAGAAAAAAACACAUUACACGGUGACAAACUUUCCUCUGUGCCAGGGAACCUCUAAGCCGGACUCCCCACGGCACUGGAACAAUCCCAGUGCUUAGUGUCUCUGUUCUCAAGCGGCACCAAACAGGUUCUGAGUCAUGACGUAUUUACUGACAACCCCGUGCGAGUUUUCGCACGAGCGCACUAGCAGUUCGGUAAUGUACCUCUUGGUCUGAUAAACCUCCCCUUGCACCUCUGUCACUGCGUCUAUUAGAUCCUUUCUCUCUGCUGUUGGAAUCAUCGGACCUGUCCGUUUGGAGAGCGCAAUUCAAUUUGGAUUUUUCACCUUUCCUGACAGAUUUGGAAAAGUUUUACCUCAGUUAUUCCAGAAACACAGUUUUAGCAUGGGGCGAGUCUGUCACCGAGAGCUCGCGCUCCUGUCGCUGCUUGGAUACUUGGCUUGCCUGACGCGCGCGGACGUCUCUCCAUUAGGACGUGUGUUCUUACUGGAAUUGGAGAGUUUUUCAAAAGGUGGGCAGGAGAAAGGGUUCGAGGCAGCAACACAUGCCUGUGUGGCUCAAGGGGCCCGGGUGGCAUCCAGGGCCGACCUGCAUCAUGCAGUGUUGGAAUGUGCCUUCUCAGUCUGCUCGCGUGGUUGGCUCUCCGGACCGAGCAUUGGGACUACAGUGUGCAGGGGCGUCCUGGGGCGUUUGAGGCCAGUUGAUGUGCAGUUGGAGAAUUUAACUGCGGACACCGAGAGACUGGGCGUGUUCUGUGUGAAAGAGAGCGAUGCUCCAUGUGGGCAGCCACCUUCAUUCCCAAACACACAUCUGCAGGGGAAAAGUGGGCUCCACAUAGGGGGUGAACUUCUGUAUGCCUGUGACCCAGGAUACAAACUGCACAAUGGAGAUACAGCCUUCACCCUGCUUUGCGACAGUUGUGGAAAAUGGCACAGCACAGUGCCGCGUUGCAUGAAAGAUGAUCCUGAAGGCCACAUAGACUAUGACGAUGAGUUCACAGAUCUUCUUGAGAAUUCGAGGGAGAUGCAUCAUAUUUUUAGGAAUCCUGAUUAUGAAGUGGAAUCCUCUCCUGAGCCUGAGCAGACAGUCAUGUCUGAGGAGGAGAAAGAGAAUGAUGAAGAUUUAACAGUAUCAGUAACUGAACCUCCAGUGUCUCUACUCAGUCAGAAGCACAUGUUCUGGUUCCCUUCAGAGGCCUUCAAGGAAGAGAAGGAGCAGCCGGGUAUCACCACUGAUCCUUCCUCUAUUAAAAGUCCCAAUGAAGAUGAGAGCCACGUAACGAUCACAACAACCUACAGCCAAUCUGGUCCUGACUUGAUCACAGAGGAAAGUGACUAUCCGACAGAUCCUCCAACCAGUGAACCUGCCAGUCCCAGUGUCGGCGGCACAGACGAGUCCUGGCUAGAUGGAUACCCUGUUACUCAGGAUGAAGAUAAAGCUGGAGGUGAGUCCACGGGAGAGGCGGGGCCAGAACAAGGUGCAGAGUCGGAAACAGAGACCUUGACUGGCCACUCGGAAGCAGAGGGGUUUGAGGAUUUAACCAAAAACCCUGUAGUAGAAGAGAAGGGUGGAUGGAUUGACAGCACUGCGGAAGAAGAAGGAGAAAUUAAAAAGGACACAAACCACAGAAAAGGAGACAAUGAGGAGCUUGGAAAAGGGACAACCAGACUUGAAAAGGGAGAGUCUGAUGUAGCACAUUAUGAGGAUUCAACUGAAGGACUUUCAGAAGAUGAAAUGGUGAAAGAAACGUACACACCAGAGGAAACAGACUUGGGGGUUGAUGGUCUUACUGAUAGUCCAAAUGGUGUGGAGGUGAAGCCCACCACCUCCAUUACUCAGAUCACAACCAGUUCAGAUGAUAUUGCUGUACUCAAGUGGCCCAUGCCACGCACACCUGAAAACGUGAGUGCCAGUCAAGGCGGGCUGGGCCCUAAGAGAGCAUCCACACCUUCUGGGAUGGUACAUCUGGAUGAUACACCUGAUUAUAUCACCAGCAUGCCCACGCCUGUUAUUAGGGAUCCAUGGGAAACCAUUGAUAACCACUUUCUGGAGCACAUCCCUGUGCAAGUCCCAACUGAAACCCCUGAAAAUCGGAGUGUGAUGGAACGUGGUGGAGAUCACAACCUGGAUCAACAGGACCAAGCUGGAGAGGUCUGUGCAGAAGACCCGUGUCAUGGUUCAGGCCGUGGGUCCAUGAUCGCAGCCAUUAUUAUUGGCAUGGUAGCAGUAGUAGUGGGUGUGGUCUUGGGGGUGUGGUGUUAUAAAAAGAGGCAACAGAAGAGCUCGCACUACCAGCUUAAUGGAACUAACAGGCAAACACAGAGCAUUGAAUUACAACAGACUGUGUGAGAUCAUAUCUGUCACUUUAUCUAUCGUUCUAUAUUUCUAUCUAAUGCUAGUCUAUUGUUCUUUCCUUCUAAUGUUUUAUAUCAAAGCUUUCUGUGACUGACAUUCAAAGUUUAAAAACUUAGCUUUUCUAAUUUUCAUGUAAAAUUACAGUUAUACGAAAUUUAGUUCGCCUAAAUUUGCCUAAAUUUCAAGAAUUGCAUUGCAUUAGAAAAAAAUCUUAAUUCAGUUCUGAAUGCCACACAACCCUAUCAUAAGGACUGGAUCUGUGUUCAACGCUCCUUAUUUAGGUAGUAUUUCUAUUUUACCAUGUUUUCUAUUUCUUUAUAUUUUCAUUGGAAUGUGGGUAAUUGUUAUAUCAUGAAUCAGAUGUCUUCUUCUCCUGCUUUGGAUGGACUGCACUGGACUGCGGGUCGGUGCAUGUGUGUACAUGGUGCCUGUCAGUCCUUGUUAACAGAUUUGUAUGUGUUUAUAGCUUUGUCCAUUAUGAGAGAGAGUGUGUGAAAGAAUCAUUGUGACUUUAGCCUAUUUCGGUUUUGAAAGAGAGCAGUCAGUUAAAAGAGAGUGUGGUUGAACUCAGUAUUCUCUGUGCGCUAUUGAAAGUUUCCAGCUUGCAGACAGGUGAGACAUUCUGGUCAGAGGAACUGAGGCUGAAUUCUGAUUGGCUUUCAGCUCAUACAGACUUAGAGUAGGUAGAAUAAAUAGCUUUCAUCCCUAAAUUUAGAAUACAAUGAGCAUUUGUUCAUUUCCAACCUUUUUCCUAUAAAUAAGUGAGUUUCUUGGGGUUGAAUUCAGGACACUUACAGACAGGUGAGACAUUCUUCUCAGAGAAACUGAGGGUGGAUUCUGAUCGGCUUUUAACACAUUUACAGUUUGUUGAGUUUCAGUUACUUUUAAAUAUAUGUAGUACUAAAAAAGUUCAAUCAUAGGAACAUUUUCUACAUAUAUUAUCCCUAAUAUCUCAUCGAUGUUCAGUGCAAACUUUUCGGCCGUGUUUUGUACAAGAUAUUCAGUCAACUCCAGCGAUGUUUAUGAGGCAUAUUUAUAUCACGUGUAUUAUAAAAUGUAAAAAAUUAGAUCUAGUGAAUUAAAACAAACAGAAAUCAGAUAUGUCUAGAAUAGCUUAUUUUUUUUCAAUUGUCAAUCUGAGGUCAACCAUAAAUAGCAUAGUAUGCUAUUCUUAGAUAAUAAUAAUAAUAGGUAAUGAAGUGUAGUAAAGCCAUUUAUUUCUAGGUGUUGUUAGAGCGAAUGUAGCAUUUUUUUUACAUUGUUUGAUUUAAUUAUAAAUGAAGAAAAGUGGAGUAAAACUUCAUGAAUUUUACAGGGUCAUUUGUAAGUAUCCAUUAAUGAUCGGCUGACAGUAUUAACAUGAUCGAACCUGUUUUUGAUUGUUGGUUGCUACUGUUGUUGUCUUUUAAUAAGUUUUCCAGCCCUGACAUCUCUAUUUAUUAGAGAAGCUAGUAUGGUCUUACUUACAUUAGCCAUUUAGUGGACGCUAUUAUCCAAAGAUACUUACAAAUGAUGAACAACACAUGCGCUUUAUCACGCAAGAGCCAAAAACACUUGCAUUUACUUACAAAAUUAGCUCAUUUCCAGUCUUAAUACAAAGAAAAAGCUACAUUUUAGAUCAAGAAGUCAAUUCCAGUUGGCUGCUGUAGAUAUAUUUAAAUCUACCGUGCUAGACACAUGAACUGCUUACCAUAAAAUUGGUCAUUUAGUGUUUGUGGGGUAAACCAUUAGCCGUUGGAACUAUUUCAUUUGCUCUGAUUUCUUCUGAUAGUUAUAUUCUGAACUGUAAAGUGUGUUUAUUGUGAUAAAAAUUCAUGCUCUUUGUUAUACGCUCUUUAAUAAUUUCAGUCCCAUUAGAAGCUAAAACUGCUUGGUAAUAUCAACAUUACACUGUAACAAUGUCAGUUAGAUGUGACAUGAGGGUAUCUGACUAAACACAGCUGUGGAAUACUAAUGGAACAUUAACCAAUAAAUUACUCUGGGGGGAAAAAUAUCCUCUUUAGUCUUCCUUCGUGUCAACAUUGCUGUGAGAGCUUAAAUAGACUUAAAAAAAACAUUUCCUUCCUAAUUAAUAUAAGACGGCAAACAUUUGCUUAGUGUUGCCAGGUGUUUCUGUAUGUGUAAGAGCAGCAGGGCCAAACCUGAUAUCACAAAAGAGGGCCAUGGUUUCUGUGUCUAUUCUGUGGUUAUUACCACAAAACAAAGACGAAACACUCCUGAAUACAAAUACUCACACAGCGGGAGAACAGAGACUUAUUUAAAUGUGUUUGAACAUGGAGUAUCUGUGCAGUUUAUCACACCAUAGUAGGAAAAACCCACAGAGAAAAGGAAAGAAGGAGUGGGGGACGAGGAACGAGAGAUGUGGAGGGAGUCUGGAUUAGAAAAUGACCAACCACAUGCACUCUUAAAAUACAAGUGUUUUGCUGAAGGUCCAGUGUUUAGUCUUUUGCUAUUAUAUUUAGUCUGAAGGUUUACGGCAAUGCUGGUUCAGCCUUUGAAAAUAGUCAAGUUUGUUUGAUUUCUUCUAUCCAGCACCAUUUUACACAUAUUUUGAAACACAGCCAGGUAAACAUUUGUGAAGUUAUUAACAACAACAUAUUAGUACUAACAUUUGCUCCAAAAACAGAUUAUGUGAGGCUUAGCACAGCCAAACAAUGACUAAACUUGAGAUCUUAAAGUAAGCCAGUUAUUCUGAGGUGCCAAAAACACAAAUUCUCCACCGGAAGGAGGAUUGUACAAAGACACCGUAACACUUUCCAAGUAACAGAAAAUGAAUUAAAACAACACAGAUAUAGAAAAUGACUGAUAAAUCAACCAGUAUUUCAC